AUGAAUACCUUCGGCUCAACAGCUAAUACACAAUCGUCUGCUGGCACAUUGUUUGGAGCCACACCUGCAGCGCCUGCUACAGGUAGUCUAUUUGGCUCAAGCAAUACUAGCAGUUCUGCAGGCACAUUAUUUGGAUCGAACACUGCCAACUCUUCAGCAGCAGGUACACUGUUUGGUGGUGCAGCAUCUGCUGCUCCUGCUACGUCUACUGCCGGAUUUGGAGGAGGAUUUGGAUCUACACCAGCAGUUAGCACAACGUCAGCCUUUGGAACGUCUGCAGCACCAUCGUUAUUCGGAACACCCGCUACAUCUACAGCAGCACCUUCCACUGGAUUUGGCGGUUUUGGAGCAACCACUACAUCUACAGCAGCACCUUCCACUGGAUUUGGCGGCUUUGGAGCAGCUGCUACAUCUUCUGCAGCACCUACUACUGGGUUCGGUGGGUUUGGAGCACCAGCUACCUCCACAGCAGCACCCACUAGUGGAUUUGGUGGAUUUGGAACCUUGACCUCACAGCCAGCAGCAGCCCCUUCAGCAUUUGGUGGGUUUGGAGCCACUGCAGCAACUUCACAGCCUGCUACUAGCACAGCAGGAGGCUUUGGUGGAUUUGGAGCAACGACCGCAAACACAUUUGGUGCAAACACUACAGGAGGAUUUGGAGGAUUUGGAGCCAAACCACAGCAAACAGGAUUUGGCGCGCCACAACAGCAGCAGCAACAGCAAGUAGGAGCUCCUCCACCAGUGCAAGAGAAAGUCUGGCAAGAGCUUGCGUUGAUCAGAGCACAUUUCGACCCUAAUUCACCCUUGUGUCAUUUCAGACAUUACUUUUACAACAUGGUUCCUCCUAACGAAGUGCACUUGUACGUUCGCCCUCAAAAUCAAGACGAGCAACUAUGGAACGAAGCUCAACGCAAAAACCCAGAUCCCACAACGCUGGUCCCUGUAUUGGCAGUUGGAUUUGAUGAUAUCCUGAAGCGUAUGGAAAUUCAAUCGAAACAGCUGGAAUUACAUCAAGAGAAAUUGAGAGAGACUGCAGAGAGAUUGGCACAUGUGCAGCGUCGACAUGAAUUGGGCACACUGGUCAAAUUAGAUGAACAUAAACGUCGCCAUACAGAAUUCACCCAGCGAUUAUUACGACUUCUUCGAUACAGCCAAGUUUUACGCUACAAAAAUUUCCCACUCUCUGCUGAUGAGGAAAAGUCAAUGCGACAAUUGGAUGAGUUGAGCAAAUACCCCAAUAGACCAGAAGAAAUGAAUCAGAGAUUGAUGGCAAUUAGAAACCAACUAGAGGCAAUCAAAGCACGCCAAAUGGGACAUGCCAACCAAGGCAAUGGAUCUGAAGUCUGGCGCACUGUGAAUGAAGAGGAUUUGAAUGCCAUUGCCAAGGUUUUGGAAGACGAGCAAAAGGGCAUCAAACAUGUAGAAACCAUCUUGAGGUCAGACACAAAGGAAUUAGACUUGAUUGAAUCCGCUUUAAACGAACGUCGUAAAUCGUACAUGACAAGACACUAA